GUGACUUGAAUACAUAGUGUCACUGUGGGGAAGUACUCAUAUACAGAUAGACUGGAAAUAUAUUUUAAGAAAAAAAAAUUAUAAAACAAAAAAAAAAAAAGGAAAGAAAAAAAGAAGGAGAAGACCAACUGUGGAUUGCAUCUUCGGAUUCUCCGAGGGACACACACAGCGAAGAAGCAGAAAGAAAGAGAUUUUGUGUUUUGGAUUAAAAACGGCGUCGCUUAAUGGGUGAUGAAAAAUCCACCAUGGCCAUCACCACCAGAGACAGAGAUCGAGAGCUUCUCAUCCCCGUCGGCGAAUCCGCCGCCGCCGCCGGCACCUCCUCCCCCAAACCCUCCUCAUCGUCCUCUUCCCCGCACGAUGCUGGCCGCGAGACUUUUUACAAAGUUGUUAGAAGCUGGGCAUCAAAAAAGUUCAUGACUGGAUGUGUCAUUCUCUUUCCACUUGCAAUCACCUUCUAUAUAACAUGGUGGUUUAUUCAUUUUGUGGAUGGAUUUUUCUCUCCAAUAUAUGCUCAGCUUGGAAUUGAUAUUUUUGGUCUUGGAUUCAUAACUUCCAUAACUUUCAUCUUCUUGGUCGGGGUUUUCAUGUCAUCAUGGUUGGGUGCAUCUGUCCUGGGCCUUGGGGAGUGGUUUAUCAAGCAAAUGCCACUUGUUCGUCAUAUUUAUAAUGCCUCUAAGCAGAUUAGUGCUGCAAUCUCUCCAGAUCAAAAUACACAAGCCUUCAAAGAAGUAGCCAUCAUUCGGCAUCCACGUGUUGGUGAAUAUGCAUUUGGAUUCAUAACCUCAUCUGUUGUCCUACAGAACUAUUCUGGAGACGAGGAGCUAUGCUGCGUCUAUGUUCCUACAAACCAUCUUUAUAUUGGUGAUAUAUUUCUUGUCAACACAAAAGAUGUCAUCAGGCCAAACUUAUCAGUUCGUGAAGGAAUUGAAAUUGUUGUUUCGGGAGGCAUGUCAAUGCCACAGAUCCUAUCCACGAUUGAUGCACGAGUCAUACAAGGCGAUAUAAACAGAACCAACAGAAGCUGAGUGUGAAGGGUAGAGUUGUUGUUCAUGUUUUAGUUCCUUGGUAUCAUAUGAAGCCAUCAGAAUGACAAUGCAACCAUUGUGUUGGGCAUGCAAGUAUUAAAUUUGCGUGAUUGAUUGCUGAGAAAGUGAUAGACUCUGAUGGCAUGUGUAACAUUCGUUUCUGUGCAAGAAUGUAGAAUUUAGCGUUUGUUUGACAGGCACACAAAAUUCUAUUCUCUGCUUGGAGUCACGAAUUUUUACCUGUGUAUAAUCUACUGGUUGUACUUGUUAUAGCAAUUCAAUUUUGUAGUGCUGAUUGAUUGAUGAUUUUCAACUUAAUGCAGUGUUUCUAUGCGGUUAUCAUUAACUAACCAACUAUUCAAGAUGCCACCAAAACUCGUUAGCUUACAAUAUAAGGUUUAGUUUGCUCAAAAGGCAAGUAAAAACUUUCAUUGUGCUAUAAUUUUUGGUGUGCCUAUAUUAUAUUUAGUCUGAUUAAAAACUGUGUAUCAGUAGAGCAUUUGCAACAUUUGUAAAAUUGGUGUAUUUAUAAAUUUUGUUUGUUUUUUUUU